AUGGAGGUCGCCACCCUAAAAGAAAAGAAAAAUAUCAUUCUCUGUUUUUCGGGCUCUUGCUGGACUUGUCACUAUUACAUAUGUAAAAUAGGUGUUAUGGCUUAUAUGGAUCUUGAUACUCCCUGGUCAUCAUCAAUUAUGGAGUCUUUUGAUCGAUCUUUCAACAUACGCAUAGAGGAAGGAAAUUCGGCUGAGACUUUGGAUUUUAUUGAGAUUCCAAAUUCUUCGACCUCAUACAAUCAUGAUAUUCCUAAACCUCCUCCACUCCCAAGUAAAGUUUGUCCAAAAAUGAAAAAUCAUAAAGGACUAGCAGAUUCUUCUUGUGUUCCAAAGGAAACAAAAGAUGCAUGGGACAAGCUCUUCAAACAGGGAUAUGGAGCAGAUGUACAUAUUAUUACGGAGGGUGGAUUGAUUAUUGCAGCUCAUCAUGUCAUUCUGAGCAUUGCAUCGCCUGUACUUGGGAACCUCCUGCAGAAACCGAAAGUUAAGAAUGGUAUCAGAUAUUUAAAGAUUCCUGGAGUACCUUAUGAUGCUCUCUGGGCAUUUGUCCGUUACCUCUAUUCAUCUUGCUAUGAUGAAGACGAGAUGAAGAAAUAUGUUCUCCAUUUAUUGGUUUUGUCACAUACGUACAUAGUACCAUCUCUUAAAAGAGUUUGUAUACACCUUCUGGAACAGGGUUGGCUUAACAAAGAAAAUGUUGUAGAUAUGCUACAAUUAGCUAGGAAUUGUGAUGCACCACGGCUUGUUUUGGUUUGCCUGCGUAUGAUAAUAAGGGACUUCAAAUGCAUAUCAUCGACGGAAGGAUGGAAAGUAAUGAAGCGUGCUAAUCCAGCUCUUGAACAAGAACUCUUAGAAUCGGUUGUUGAAGCAGAUACAAGAAAACAAGAGAGAUUGAAGAAGAUUGAAGAGAGAAAGGUGUAUCUGCAACUGCACGAGGCAAUGGAGGCUCUGCUUCAUAUUUGCAGAGAUGGAUGCAGGACUAUCGGGCCACGUGACAAAGUGCUGAAAGGAAAUGAGGUCGUCUGCAAUUUUCAAGCUUGCAAGGGACUCGAGACUCUAAUCCGCCAUUUCUCGGGUUGUAAGACUAAAGUUCCUGGUGGAUGUAUACACUGUAAGCGCAUGUGGCAGCUUCUUGAAUUGCAUUCGCGCACGUGUAAUGAGCCUGAUUAUUGCAAGGUUCCUCUUUGUAGGCAUUUCAAGGAGAAAAUGCAGCGACAAAACAAGAAAGACGAGGCGAGGUGGAAACUUUUGGUAAGCAAAGUGAUAGCAACGAAGAACGCUCUUGGACCAUUUUCAUCUCGCCAAUCAAGUUAUUUAUGA